UCGUCACACAAUUGCUGAUCGCGUGAUGUGAGUCACGAGCUUGGGAAGGUCCAUCAUUCAUGGCAGAAAACUCCGUCUCAGAAAUUGACCUCGUUGAAGUUUCAAAGUAAGGAACUUAAAGAACCGGGAAGGAAAUCUUGCGAAGUCAUUGCACGAUGUCGCAAGUGAGGCGAAACGCUGAACGCUACUCGCCGAUCAUAAAAAAAACCUGCUGAUUAUUGGCGCAGAUUUGGAGCAGUUCGAGUCCAUUAGUUAACGGUAGUACAAAGAAAGCUCGAAACACGUCAAAACGUCGAAUCGAUGAAAAUAUUCUCAAGAAUGUCUGGCUCUGAAUCGGACAUCAAGAGAAAACGAUUGUGGGCAAUUGCUCUUGUUGUUGCUUUUGUCGCGAUUGUGGUCGCCAUCGGCAUCUUUCUCGCUUACUGGUUCACCAGGAACCCUUUGCACGAGAUCAGCCCUCCCGGGUAUCCCGACUCGCUUGGCGGGCCGUACAAGCACGCGAGCGUGGCAUCCGACGCGGGACCGUGUUCGCACAUCGGAAAGAACAUUCUUCAAGAAAACGGUUCGGCCGUGGAUUCGGCCAUUGCUGCGAUGCUAUGUGUAGGGGUAAUCAAUAUGCACUCGACGGGGAUCGGAGGCGGUGGAUUUAUGCUCGUUUACAAUCGUAGAGGCCGAGUCGCUGAGGUGUUCGACUUCAGAGAAAGUGCUCCAGCCAAAGCUACGGAAGACAUGUUUAAAAACGCAAGUUACAAAGAACUGAACAGCACAUUAGCCACAGGCGUCCCAGGGGAGGUGCGCGGUUACUACACAGCCUGGCUAUCGUAUGGACGGUUACCAUGGAAACAGCUGGUUCAACCGGCGAUCGAUAAGGCUAAGUAUGGCUUCCUUAUAAACCAAGCGCUUUACAAGACAAUGGUUCAAUCAGAAAAUGACAUCAGGAAAGAUCCAGGGUUGAAAGAGUUAUUGUUCGAUAAGAAAGGAAACCUCAGACAGUUUGGAGACAAUAUCACUAACCCACAAUACGCGAAAUCCCUCGAGGAGAUACGGGAUCAUCCCGAGAGCUUCUACAACGGAUCGUUGGCAACGAAGAUCGUUCGGGACAUCAGAAGACGCGGCGGGAUCGUCACCUCGCAGGACUUGAGAGACUACAAAGUCAUCAGAAGGAAGGCCCUAGUUAACCAGCUGGGUGAUAUGACAUGGUAUACGGCCCCGCCACCGGCAAGCGGGCCAGUGAUAACUCUCAUAUUGAACAUUCUUAAAGGUUACAACAUGACAGCAGAGUCACGUGAUUCUCCUUUGACGUUUCAUCGUGUAAUCGAGGCUUUCAAGUUUGGUUAUUCGUGGCGAUCACUCCUUGGCGACCCGGCCUUUAAUGAUGGUAUGAACGAGGUAAUAGAGUCACAACAGAGGGAAAUCAUCAAGUUUAAACAAAGGAAAUUAUGACCGUGACGGUGUUUAGAUGUAUGAUCUUA